UUAGAAUCGUGUUUCCCUAGUCAAACAAUGUCAAAUUCAUCUUCUUCCAUUCUGCAAAUCCUACUUCAAUUAUCGGAACCCUUACAUAAAGCACUUUUGGAUACGCCAUACACGUCGCCGGAAGCCGACGCCAAUGUGUCCAUCAAAUCCCACCUUCAGUCCCUCCUCCCGGGCCCCGCCAUCUCCGAGGUCGAUUUCAGAACCAAAAUCAAAGACUUCGUUCUGUGCUGCGCCGCCUUAGCCUCCGCUUCGAACUCCAGCAGCCAACAUCUCUCGUGGGUUCCCCACUCGCUCUCGGCUUCUGCACUUUCUGCUCUCAAGAUGUUUGCUGAAGCUUAUUGUGCGGAUAUGCAGUUCAAGUGUUCGAUGAAAGUUGGCGAGCUGGAUUUUGACUUGUGUAGUGUGGUUGAGAGUAAUAAGAAGCUGGUGAUGGAGUUGCUGCCGGAGGUGUUGCCUUUGCUGAAGGAUAAAAUCAAAGAGAGCGCCAUUGAUGCUAGUAAUGAGGACGAUGGGGUUUCGGCUGCAAGUGCGCGGGUCCCGGUGGCUUGGGCUAUUUUGUCCGCCUAUCAGCUCAGAUGGUUUGUUGUUCAGGUGGAUGUUUCUUUUAUGGGGAAGAUUUGCCCUUUGGUGAUUCCAUGUGCUCUGACGGCUCUCGAUCACUGGUCGCCGGAAGUGAAAGGCCAGGGCAUGCUAAGCUUCAUAUAUCUUGCAAAACAUGUAGAUGCUGCAGAUAUUGGAGGGUAUGCAGAUGUUAUUCUUGACGCUUGCUGUCAAAAUAUUGCUUCUGAUGAUGAGAUAUGGCACUAUGUGGUGGAGAUGUCAGUGCUUCUUGUCACAUUAACUCAGCAAACUAAUCCUCGUAGUACAUGGUACGAGAAGUUGCUCAAUGAAAUGUUAAAUCAUUUGGAAAGGCAACCGAGAAACAAGAAGAGGCGCAUUGCAUGGCUGACUUACUGUGAGCCACUGUUCAAUUGUCUUGGUCUCGUACUUCUUGCCCAUUUCAGGCGUCUUUUCCCUCUUUUCUUUAAAUGGAUGCAUGCUGACGAUGAUGAGACAGUUUUACUGGUUUUGGAACGAAUGAUAACAGUUCUGAGACUUACAUGGAUAAGGAACUCUCAGUUCAUGGAGAGGUUGGUGGAUGAGCUCGUCACUCUAUAUAAGGAUGCUGCUCUAAAAGUUGCUCGUGAAGAUAUUAGGUCACUUAUUCUUCAAAUGCUAAAAUUGAUUCGCGUGUCAAAAGGUCAACAGUUGGAUGCAGCUUGGUUGAAGUAUAAGGAUGAUCCAACUUAUCUGCUACUGCCAUCUUCGUAAGAGAUCCUCUGCUUGCUUUUGAAAAUGCGGAUUAGAUCAGACGCUUUAGGGUGUUGAUCUGGAAAUAAUACUCUUGUCCAGGCGAAGGUUUUAGUGACCUUGUUUUAGGACUGUACUAAACUAACAGUCUGCUUGGUUACAAUUGUGAAAUGAGUUUUGAUUAGUUCACUCUUGGAGCAGCAGUUUCAGUCGAAUAAUAAUAAUAAUUAAAAAUAGAACUCUACACAUUACACAUGGCACCAGAAAGAAGCACAUUGGUGAACAAGAGACAUGACAGUUUGAGCGAAUAUCUGUAUCACAAUGUGAACUGGUUUGGCCCGGUUCAGGAUUUGAUUAUGAUUUAUUGAAUAUUAUGGAGUGUAAGAUUAAUAUCUGAUUUUGUUUAAUCAUAUCUAUUUCUAAAUAGUAAAUUCUAAAUAUGGGUGUAAGCUAUUAAUCUUCC